AUGUCGUUCAAACCCGCUCUAAUCAUCGUCGACGUACAGGAAGACUUUUGCCCGCCAAAUGGAGCGCUGGCAGUGGCAGGAGGCCGCGACAUAGUACCAGUAAUCAACGAAUGCCUCGACUAUCCCUUCGCCUUGAAAGUAGCAACCAAAGACUUCCAUCCGCAAGACCACAUUUCCUUCGCCUCAAAUCACCCACCGCCGAAGAACAAGCCGUUUGAAUCUACAGUUACAAUCGUAAACCCGCACAACCCGGAAGAAAAGCAGGAGACGCGAUUAUGGCCAGACCAUUGUGUCCAGGGAACAAAGGGCUCGGAACUGCUGUCAGAGCUACACGUCAGCAAAUUAGAUCAGAUUGUGGAAAAAGGCCAGGACAAGCGCGUCGAGAUGUAUUCGGCAUUUGCGGAUCCCUUCAAGAGUCCGUGUGUCGCCAGGAGCAGCCUGGCAGAUACAUUGCACAAGGCCAGCAUCACAGACGUCUACGUCGUUGGCUUGGCAGCCGACUACUGUGUAAAACACACGGCCAUUGAUGCACAGAGCGAAGGCUUCAAGACAUGGGUGAUUGGUGAGGCGACAAGAGCGGUGGACCCCUCAGCCAUGGAACAAGUGCACAAGGAGUAUGAGGAGCACGGUGUCAAAGUGAUAAGCACGAGCGAUGCGCAAACGCUCAAGGUCAAGAACCUGCCCAGGAAAACUCAGGAACAAAGUGCGAAGAACGCAGACCAGGCUGGCGAGAGCGUGUUGGACUAG